GAGUCGGGGUUCGGGUAUGGAGGUGCUACUCGGCGUCGGGGUAUCUUGUGGGCUUGCGGAGAGACCCCCUCACGGUUAAAACAUUCCUGGAGUGCCGCCUGCCCGGGAGUAUCUGUUGCUGCUUUCUAAAACCGCGAGGUUGCCCCCGAGGAGAGUCGUGGGGGGAGGGGGUGUCUUGGUUUGUUUCUGAUGGAAGCUUCGCGUUUCGAACCCUGUCGUUGACGCUGAGAUGUUUGGUACCGGGUGUCGCCAGGGAGCGGUAGUGCCGGUUGUCAGGAUCUUUACCCUCCUAUAGAAGUAGCCGCCUUCUUUCCUUCCAGAGAUACUGUUAGUAAAAAUUCGUCUUUCAAACUUCGAGAUUCAUUCCGAUUAUUUGCCUGUUAAGACCAUUAUGGCUUUAUAGUCUUAUCUCCUUCAAACCUUUUUGGCAAUGUCUCAGGCUGUGCAGACAAACGGAACUCAACCAUUAAGCAAAACAUGGGAACUCAGUUUAUAUGAAUUACAACGAACACCUCAGGAGGCAAUAACAGAUGGCUUGGAAAUUGUGGUUUCACCCCGAAGUCUACACAGUGAAUUAAUGUGCCCAAUUUGUUUGGAUAUGUUGAAGAACACCAUGACUACAAAGGAGUGUUUGCAUCGUUUUUGUGCAGACUGCAUUAUCACAGCCCUCAGAAGUGGCAAUAAAGAAUGUCCUACCUGUCGGAAAAAGCUAGUUUCUAAAAGAUCACUAAGGCCAGACCCAAACUUUGAUGCACUCAUCAGCAAAAUUUAUCCAAGUCGUGAUGAGUAUGAAGCUCAUCAAGAGAGGGUAUUAGCCAGGAUCAACAAGCACAAUAAUCAGCAAGCACUCAGUCACAGCAUUGAGGAAGGACUGAAGAUACAGGCCAUGAACAGAUUACAGCGAGGCAAGAAACAACAGAUUGAAAAUGGUAGUGGAGCAGAAGACAAUGGUGACAGUUCUCACUGUAGUAAUGCAUCCACACACAGUAAUCAGGAAGCAGGACCUAGUAACAAACGGACCAAAACAUCUGAUGAUUCCGGGCUUGAGCUUGAUAAUAACAAUGCAACAGUGGCAAUUGAUCCAGUAAUGGAUGGUGCUAGUGAAAUUGAAUUAGUAUUCAGGCCUCAUCCUACACUAAUGGAAAAAGAUGAUAGUGCACAGACAAGAUACAUAAAGACUUCAGGUAAUGCCACUGUUGAUCACUUAUCCAAGUAUCUGGCUGUGAGGUUAGCUUUGGAAGAACUUCGAAGCAAAGGAGAAUCAAACCAGAUGAACCUUGAUACAGCCAGUGAGAAGCAGUAUACCAUUUACAUAGCAACAGCCAGUGGGCAGUUCACUGUAUUAAAUGGCUCUUUUUCUUUGGAAUUGGUCAGUGAGAAAUACUGGAAAGUGAACAAACCCAUGGAACUUUAUUAUGCACCCACAAAGGAGCACAAAUGAGCUUUUACUAAAACCAAGUCUGAGAAUGAACUUUUUUUAUAGCCUAUUUCUUUAAUAUUAAAGAUGUAACGUCUUUACUUUUAUGGACAGAAUCUUGGAUAUGUUGUUCAGUUUUCUUUCUGAGCCAGACUCGUUUACACUAUUAGAAUCUUUUCCCCUUAAUUUAAGAUUUCCUUUUUGGAAGGGACUGCAAUUAUUCAAGACUUCUUUCCUUUUAAAAAUAAUCUAAGUUGUAUGUUUUCACUAAGUAUGGUUCCAUUUGGAGCACCCUUUUGACCCAGGAAUUUUUCGUAGUUCUGUAUUCUUAAGAUUCAGUUGGCUAUUCUUUUCCCUCCCCUCCAAAGUUUUUUAGGCCUACAGAAUGUUAAAUAAUACGUAUUUUGACUUUUUUUCCUGGAGUCUUGUAUAUUUAUAGUUUUCUAUAGAAGCUGUAGUAUCUUCAUGAAGACCAAGGCUCAAAUUUACUGUGCUUAAAAGACAAUUCUCAUAGGAUUAUUAUUUUCAUGGUAUUUUCUUCCAUAAAAUCUCAUUUUUUAAAAAGGUUCUUUAUGAACUUAGUGUCCAUUGUCAUGCAAUGUUAUUUUUUUCCAUUUUUUCCCUCUAAUUUUGGAAUUUCUGAUCCUGGGAAAGAGAAACAAAAUGUCAAGUUCUGUGAGAACUUGGUUCAUUUACAGAUUUCACUGAAGAAAGAAAAAUUGGUCUUAUGUAGUCUUCAAGUGUAUAUUUAAAGAGGUCUUUUUUGUAUUAGCUUUACUGUCAUUUCAGUUUCUUUAUUAUGUGUGUUUGAUGUUUUUUCCUAUUAAAAUAUCAGAGAUAUGGAGAUAUUUUGCACUUUAGCCUUGAUGAAAAGUACAAGAUAUGUUCAAACCUUCCCUAAUUCUUUUCUUAUUGGUAGCCACGUAAGUUUCAAGAAUAACAUGGCGCAUAGAACUAACAGUUGGGGGGUUGGGGGAGUUUGCUUCUGUUUGAAAAGUGUGUUCAGCAUUUUUGGUGGCCCUAUCAGUUUAUAAAUUUGGUGCUCUGCUAAUCACACUCUAGAGAAGCAAGUUAAUGGAGCUUGAGCCCUGCCCUAGUGAAAGAUUAUUCUGUAGAAGAAUGUCAGCAAGUAGGGUAAAGUCAUUCUCUUCUUAGUUUUAUAUUGAGGGACAGUGUUGGGCUUUUGGAGCCAGAAGGCUUUAUGAAGACAGAUCAGAAAUAUGAUUGACCUUGUGUGUUACUUUCAUCACUGUCCUGAUUCCAGGUAUGUUUCCAAGUUUAUAAUAAUCACAGUAUUUACAAAUACUUUUGUUUGCAUUGAGAAAUUAACCCCAAUGGGUUUUUUGUUUGUUUGUUUUUUGUUUUUGGACAGGGGUGAGUAGUCCUUCAGUACCAUUGUAACUAAAUAACCUGUCUAGUCAUUGUAUAUAUUUAUCUGUCAUUUUUGACAGAUUGGGGCCAGCUUGAUAUUUUGAAUCUUUAGCCCAAUAUGAAACCUAAAGGCUCAUUAAAUUUUUUACCAUUUUAUUGAAAAUAUUUACAAUCUGUUUUUACAGUUUUAUUGGUAAUCUGUGCCAUGAAAUUUGAAGACCACCAUAAAUCAAGGGAAAUUUUGUAUUCAGUUCCUUUUCUGGUGUAACGUUAAAAUUGUAUAGAUUAUUAUUAAUGCAUGUCCACUGAAUAUAACCCUGGUUUUGUGAUAUAACUGCUUACAUUUUAUUGGUGAUACUAGAUUAGUGGUUGCAUUAAAUAACUAAAUUCCCAUUGUGAUUAAUUGAAAUUUUGUCUUGUUGCAGAAAAUUAUUUGUGAAUAUAAGCUUUGUGCUUAGAGAAUGUUUGUGUUUUGUCAGUAUGGGAGGAUGUAAACUUUGCAUCAUUAGUGAAUUUAUUAGAUUUGUAAUGCUUUGCAAAAUAUAAUAGCUAUUUGAUAGAGCAUUGAGUGUAGUGUGUGUGUGUGUGUGUGUGUGUGUGUGUGUGUGUGUGUGUGUUGGUGGCUUAGGUACUGUUUUACCAUCACUACCAAUCAAGGUUUUGUAAAGUAUUCUCUAAGUAACUUCUAUACCCACUCUUUCAGUUGAGGAACAAAAGGCUCACCAAAUGUGGUAAGGGCCUUUGGAUACAUUCUUAAUUUAAAAUUUAUUAUGGCAAAAUAUGCAUAAUCAGAUUUACAAUUUAAACCAUUUUUAUGGGUACAAAUCGGUGGCAUUAAUUUAAGUACAUUGUGUUGUGUACAUCAUCACUGUCUAAUUCUAGAGCUUUCUCAGUAUCCCAAACAGAAACUCUGGACCCGUUAAACAAUAACCUCCCUAUUCCUUUCCCCACCGUAACCCCCAAGCCCCUGGUAACCUUUAUUCUCUUUUUUUUGAAUUUGACUAUCCAAGGCACCUUUUAUAGGUGGAAUCAUAUAAUAUUUGUCCUUUGUGUCUUAUUUCAUUUAGCAUAAUGUUUUCAAGGUUCAUCCAUGUUGUGUUGAUGUAUCAUAUUUUGUUUAUCCAUUUUUCUGUUGAUGGACACUUAGGUUGAUAGACACUUUUGCUAUUGUGAAUAACGCUACUAUCAACAUUUUUAUACAAGUAUCUAAGUCCCUACUUUAAAUUCUUUUGAGUGUAUAUCUAGAAGCAAAGUUGCUGGGACAUAUGGUAAUUCUAUGUUUAAUUUUUUGAGGAACCCCAGUUUUCUGCAGGGGCUGCACCAUUUUAUAUUCCCACCAGCAGUGUACAAGGAUUCCAGUUUCUCCACAUUUUUACCAACACUUGUUAUUUUUGUUUUGUUGUUUUUAAUAGCUAUCCCAAUGAAUAAAAAGUGUUAAUUUCA